AUGGUUUUAGCUGAUUUAGGUCGAAAAAUCAAUUCAGCUUUCAAUGAAUUAACAAAAGCGCCUGUCAUUGACGAAAAAGUUCUUGAUGGGCUAAUUAAAGAAAUUUGUGUUGCUUUAUUAUCUUCUGAUGUCAAUGUUAAACUUGUACAGAAAUUGAGAACAAAUAUAAAGAAGAAUGUUAAUCUGGAAGAGUUAGCAAACGAGACAAACAAAAGAAGAUUGAUCGAAAAGGCUGUCAUGGACGAGCUUUAUCACCUUGUUGAUCCAGAAGCAGAACCCUACAAACCUGUCAAACGUCGAUCUAAUGUUUUUAUGAUGGUGGGUCUACAAGGUGCUGGUAAGACCACCACUUGUACAAAAAUUGCUUCUUUCUAUCAACGUAAAGGCUGGAAAGUUGCCCUUGUGUGUGCCGACACUUUUCGUGCUGGUGCUUUCGAUCAACUGAAACAGAAUGCCACUAAAGCGAAGGUCCCUUACUACGGUAGUUAUACAGAAACAGAUCCUGUCACAAUUGCUUUACAGGGUGUAGAGAAGUUCAAGGCUGAAAAUUUCGAAAUCAUCAUUGUUGAUACUUCUGGUCGUCAUAAGCAAGAAAGUGAGUUAUUUGAAGAAAUGAAACAAAUUUCAAGUGCUAUUAAACCUGACACAACUAUCUUUGUCAUGGAUGGUACCAUUGGUCAAGCUGCUGAACCUCAAGCCAAAGCUUUUAAGGAAGCAGCGGAUUUUGGUUCAAUCAUUAUAACUAAGAUGGAUGGCCACGCCAAGGGUGGUGGUGCUAUCUCUGCUGUGGCAGCUACCCAUAGUCCAAUUAUCUUUAUUGGUGUUGGUGAACAUGUUCAGGAUAUGGAACGCUUUGAGCCAAGAUCUUUCAUUCGAAAAGUACUUGGUGUGCAAGAUAUGCGUGAUGUCAUUGAACAAGUUCAGGAUACAAUGCAAAUGGCCGAUAAUAAAAAAUUAAUGAAGAACAUCGAAAAGGGACAAUAUUCACUCCGUGAUAUGUACGAACAAUUUCAACAAGUAUCGAAGAUGGGGCCAUUAUCAAAGAUCAUGGGAAGUAUUCCUGGGAUGCCUACGGAAAUGCUAGCAGGUACCGAGCAAGAAGGCACAAAGCGUAUGAGGCGUAUGAUGUGCAUUAUGGACAGCAUGACAGAUGAUGAACUAGAUGGAGAUCAUAAACCUUUUGAUGAUAUCAAACGAGUUAUUCGAGUGGCUCGUGGCUCGGGUACAACUGUUCAUGAAGUGCAGGAAAUCUUGCACCAAUAUACCAAAUUUGCUGAUAUGGUGAAGACGAUGGGCGGUAAGGAUGGUCUUAUGCAAAACAUGCCCAAGGAUCCUCGUAAGAUGAAUCCUAAGCAAAUGCAGCAAAUGGGACAAAUGCAACAAAAAAUGAUGAACAUGAUACCCCCUCAACUACUGCACCAAAUGGGUGGUAUGGAAGGUAUACAGAAGAUGGCGAAACAGAUGGGAGGUAUGUUUGGUCGUGGUGGUGGACCUGGAGGAGGAGGAAUGCCAAAUAUGGCUGAAAUGAUGAAAGCCAUGAAUAUGGGUUAA